CUUGGGUUGUUGGAGUUAGAUCAGUCACUAGGACAAUGUGACUUUGGUUUCUGGGAUCGUUACGCACAAUAAUAACAGAGUUGCCCUCUCCUUCUGUGCUAGGACUAUUUAUUCUUUGGAGUUUGUUUAGUAUGACUUACAGGGAGGCAGAGAUGGACUGGCGGUGGAUAGUUUUCACACUGUUUUUGAACUUCCAGUUCACGUACGGGACUCCCUCCUCUUAUGACUUGUUCCAGGGGUCUGCAUACACUGGAGUGGUGCACAGACACAGGAAUAGGAACUGGUGUGCGUAUGUGGUGCGUAAGAACGUGAGCUGCGCCGUGCAGGGCAGUGUGGAGAGCUUCCAGGAGCCCGUGGUUGCCCCCUGCCCGGCCUACCAGCCCGACUGCCAGCAACAAGUGACAUAUCAUAAUAGGUUUCGACCUACAUACAAGAUUGCCUUCAAGACGGUUACAGAGUUGGAGUGGAGAUGCUGCCCUGGCUACCAAGGUCAUGACUGUAAGGAUUUAAAACCACCCCCAGACCGACAAGUAGUUCAAGGAGCACAGCCUUACCUCCCACAAAAUCCUGGAUACACAACCAGACACACACAAAGGCCAGAGCGGCGAGAGACUGGACACCAUGAGAUGAGGCAUGGUGGGACCGAUAAGGUGCAUCUUCUAGAAGGUGAAGUUCAGCGUCUGUCUCAAACAGUUACGAAUCUACAGUCCGCUUUGACGGGGUUAACUGCCAAUCUCAAGACAGACCUGCAGGACGACACAAAAAAGAUGCUGGUGACACUUCUCAACAACAUGAGACCACCAGAUAGUCCCACUGCUGGAGGCACUGAGGAGAGCCCCGCAGUGCUGGAUGGCCAUCAGGCUACUAGAGGUGGGAUCGCAGGAGAAAAAGCUAUAGAAAAGAUAGUGGCCAGACUGGAUGAUCUCAACAAUGCACUAAAGAGCAAGGAAGAAGCUUUGGAAGACCUCAGAGGAACCAUGACCAGUCAUGAGGGGCAGAUUCGUGUCCUGAUGGAUGCCUCGCAAUCUCAAACACCAGCCAUAGGGGAGUUUGAUAUAAUACAGAACUACAUUGAUGGCAAGUUUAAGGAGAUGAAGAAGGAGCUGGAUUUGAGUGUUGAAGAACAAAUAGCUAAGCUUCAAAGUUCAUACAACGACAAGAUCCAGGCCUUGCAGAAGACCUGUGAAGGUGGCUGUGACCAAGGUUUGGCACAACUCGCCAAACUGGUGGAUACAAAAGAGGCUGAUCUGAGAAAGGAGAUCCGGGCUUUACAUCUAGACAUGGUUGCUGCAGAUGGACCAAUCAGAACCCAAAGACAGAUAGAUCCAUCUAAAGGGGAAGAGGAUCAUGAUAAUGACCAUAGCAACAUGUGGCGGGAGAUUGACCGGAUUGCAGAGGCUCAUCGGAUCCUGAACGUACGCAUUGACAAUGAGCUGGCACAUCUGUCUUCGCCUCAGGUUGACAAUGACUUUGGCCCAAUGAUUGAAGAGCUAGAAGCUCGCAUUAAUAUCACAGAGCAAAAUGCAGAGACACACUGCUUCUAUAUUGAAGAGAAGCUGACCCGUACCAUUGCUGAUGAAGUGGCGGCACUUCGGCUCCUUCUUGAUGAGCGUCUGAACAACAUGGAGGACCAGCUUACGAACAUGCUGGUGGAAAUGAGCAACAACUCCUUCCCUGGUAUGUUUAGUGAAUCUGUGGAUGCUGUCCAGAGACAAGUCAACAAUAACAAGUUCCUCCUUCAGGGUUUGGAUGAGAAAGUCAGUGCUGUCGCUGAGUUAUGCUCUGCAGGAUGUUCAGGCUCAGGAUACUCUGUAGAUGCAGAAAGUCCAUCAUCUCUACCUAACAAUUUGUUAAGUAUUUUUAAGGACCUGAAUCGGUAUAGGAAUGACUUGGAUGUUCUCCACACAAAUGUCACUGCCAACAAAAACAAGAUCAGGCAACUUGUAGAACUCGUUGGAAGGCAGUCACUCAGAAAUGAGAGAAAUGCCAGGACAAUAGAUGAUGUCCAGAAGGGCUUGAUUAAUCUCCAGGACAACGUGCGUGGUCUGGCUGGUACUUUUAAGGGUUUCAGUGACUCUCUGAGCAAAUACAACCUGGAUAUGCAUAGAAUAAACUCAACUUGCUGCCAUGCAGAACAAAGAGGCACUGCAGGAAAUACCUGGUCAUCAGUCAUUCCUGUACCCAGUAUCCAGACUGAUGACACCAGAAGUCAGGUGGAUGAUCUAAGGAGCAGGCUUGACACACUCAGUAAACAGGUUUCCUCUGAACUGAGACUGUGUAAACAGAACACACAGAGUGUUUCCGAUGACAUUUAUGCUGUGGACAGACGUGUGAGCAGACUUGAAAAGGUGUGUGGAAAGCUAGAUGGAGUUUCUGACAAUAUCAAAGAGCUGAAAGAUAGACUGGAGAGACAUGUUGGUGGUCUGCAGAACUGUGUGAGCUGGAUGAACACUACAUGUGGCAAACAGGGUGCAGACAUCAUCACACUGCAGAAUUCCUUGCUGAAGCUCCAGGGACAAAUGUCUGCAAUGGCUAAACAUGUUUUGAAAGACGUCACCGCCAAGGAGCCAGGAAUGACCUUACGACCAGAGAGGCCCAUGCCUGUGCCAGAUCCAGCCCAGACCAGACCCAGAAUCCAAGAAAUCCACAUCCCUCUAAUCAUCCCUCCACCGACACAGUCCAGACAACCGCACAGACCCAGCCAACGAGUGCCGACCAACACGCACACAAUCAGGACAGGUCCGCCCAACCAGCCAUCCAGCCCCCAGCUGCCAGGACAGCACAUCCCCCCUCUGGUUCCCGUCAGGCCGGUGGUGGAGACGGGCGAGGCUGGACCUCCAGGGUACAUGCGCAGAGUGACUGUGCGCAGAGGGUCUGAGGACUCGUCUAGUAUACCGGUUAAAGGAUUUGCUGGAGCACCAGGCUAUCCUCCCCUGCAGCCUGCAUCUUUCAAGCCUCAAUCAGCGAGCCGCCAAGUUCCUGUAGUAGCAAAGGUGCCAUGGAACCCCAUGUAUCAAGCUCCAGUUGAACCACCAGUUUCCAUUGACCCCAGUGCCUUUGCAGACCCCUUCUCCUUCUCUGCUGGACUCACGCUGCAGCCACUUUCCGGAGACUUCGGCAUUAUUCGCUUCAACAGAGUCCUAGUCAAUGAUGGCGGACACUACAAUCCACACACAGGGAUCUUUACUGUACCUCAGGAUGGGCGAUACCUGAUAUCAGGACUUCUGACAGCAAAGCAAGGUAGCCAAGUCCAUGCCGUCCUGUCCGUGUCUAACCGCAGCGUUCAGAGGCUGCAGAGCUCAGCGGGGCCUGUGACCGGUCAACACAGGGGAUCAGCUGCUGGGAACUGUGGCUGUGGGGGCUCUGUGUCCUUCAGUGUGAUCCUGCCCCUGAGGCAAGGAGACCGCGUGGGCCUGGUGAGGACUGGAGGCCAGCUGGCCACCACCGAGGCCAGGGAGAUCCUCUCUACCUUCAGCGCCAUCUUCCUGUACGCACCACAGGCCAAACGAUAGCUGAGAAAGAAAACCUAGAAAGGACUUGUUCGAUCCCCAAAAAAUGGACUUGAGAAAAAGAAUUCAAGAGUAACUAAACCCCAGAGUCUUGGCUAAGGUGCAUCAAAAAUGCCUUUAGAAUGUCAUGGACUGUGCCAGGAGGGGAAACAAUAAUCCCACUCACUUCUUCAUACUGUCCCCCUCAGCCACAACAUCAGACAGUCUGCGAUGUUUUUUAGAAUUAUCAGCAAAAGUGUCCCAACUUUUCAAGACAGACUUACAAUGAGGUACCCGAGUGUGUUGCGAUGAUACAUGGUCAUGUAGAGGACACUAGUUCCUAUGCUACCAACCCCAUUUUCAGAAAAACUGGGUUCAUUCAUGAUCUUCAGUAAAAAAAAAAAAAAAAAAACACUACCCAUAAUCCUAAAGUGUCAAAGUGACCGUUACUACUGAAUCUAACAGUUGCUUCUACUAUAGAGGAUUUGAAAGGGUGAAAUGAUGGUUCAUGCUCCAGUAAAAGACAGAAGUUUAUACGUUAUCACCCUCUUUAAAAAAAAAAAAAAAAAAUGGUUUAUUUGUAAUCUUGAACAGAACUACAAUACCCACAAUCCUAGAGUUAAGGUGACUGGAGGUGACAGUUGCAGAAAAAGUGGGUGGUCACUAUUGAGCUUAGUGGUGACAAAAACUGGCAAACGCAUACGUCUACUACUUAUGGAAGCCCAUUUCUGCCAAUAAAAAAACAAAUAUGAAAGUAAGGUAAUUAAAAAAUAAAGUGAACUCUUAAGCCAAAAUGAUGAGAUAAAAGUAAGAGUAUGAGAAAGUAAGUCAUAAUUGUCUGACAAUUAAUGUAAAAAUUAUAAAUAUAAGUCAGAAUUAUGAGGUAGAGUUGAAAUUAUGAGAAAGGGUUAGGGUAAAAAAAAAAAUCAAUGUGAGUAAAAAUAUGAGAUUGUUAGUGAUUUUUAAGGCAAGUAAAAUUAGAGAUAAAAUGUUAUUUUGACAUAUCUCAUGACUUUUUAGUCUCCCCUCUCACAAUGGUAAUCUUAAUCUCAUAGUUAUGACUUUCUAUCUCAUUAUAUCGACUUUUUUCUCUCAGAAUAAUUACAUUUUCUUUCUCUUUAUUCAAACUUUCUCUCUCCUAACUAAGCUUUUUUGUCUCAUAAUUUUUGGCUUUUUAAUCUCAUUGUAUGUUUUUUUUUUUCCAUCUAAAAACCUGGACUUCUUCCCUCCUAUUUUAGAUUUUCAUCCUAUAAUCUCAACUUUAUAUCUGAUAAUUUUGACUUUGUUCCAUCAUUUCAACUAUUCACCUCAUAAUUCUGACUAAUCCCAUAAUUUGUCUUUACAUCAUGUAAUUAUGACUUUAUCUUAGAAUUUUGACUUUCUUUUUCAUCAUUUAUCUCAUGAUUAUGACUUACUAUCUCAUUAUUUGAAAUUUAUCUUAUAGUUAUGACUUUAUCUUAUGAUUUUGACAUUCUUUCUCAUAUUUGUUAAAUUUAUCUCAUAAUUUUUACUUAUUUCCCAUUAAGUCAUUAUUUUAUUAUUUUGACUGUCAUUAUUUUGACUUUUUCACAUUAUGACUUUCUAUCUCAUAAUUUCGACUUUUUAUCAGAUAAUUCUGACUUUUAUGUCACCAUUUUGGUUUUAGCCUCAAUAUUAUGACUUUGUCAUAGAUUUUGACACCCAAAACCUUUUAUUUAUCUCAAAAUAAUGACUUGCUUUGUCAUCAUUUUGACUUUUUUCCCAUAAUUAUGACUUUUCAUGUCAUCAUUUUGACUUAAUCUCAUGAUUAUGACAUUUGAUCUCAUGAUCAACAUUUUGUCCUAUGAUUUCAAUUUAAUCUCAUUAUUGUGAUUUUUUUUUAAUCCCAGAAUUUUGACUAUCAUAAUCUUCCCCUUCCAUCUCAUUAUUUUUCAUUAUUUAUUUCAUAGUUAUGACUUAGUUUCUCUAACUUUAUUUUUUUUAACCUCUGAAUUUCUCAUUAUCUUUACAUACCAUCUCAUUAUUUUGACUGUUUCAUCAUUAUGACUUACAAUCUCAAUAUUUCAAUUUAAGAUUUUGAUUUGUGAUGUUUUUGAAUUAUUACCUAAUUUUCACUUUUUUUUCCUUCCCUUUUUUUACUGUGGAAAUAGGCUUCCAUAACCUCUGGAUCAACCAAUAGAAAAAUUUAAUUGCAGUAGCCAGCUUUCACCUAUAAAGGGCAGUUGCUUUACAUAUUUCCAACAGAAAAUGCAGAACUGAAACACUUUGUACAUAACUGUUGAGAGUUGGAGCCUAUCUGAUAAGAAUACUGCUACAUACUGAUACACAUACAUAGGUUUUCAGCUAAAAACAGAUGGUUUGGUUUCUCUUGAAAUGUUUGUUUUCACUGAUUUGUUGUGUAGCUAUAUCACCAAGCAGAGCCACUGUGAGUGAAGAUCCUCAGUUAUAAAUUCAAUAUAGGAGUCAUUACAUUGACAUCUGUUAGACAUAUGUGGAGUAUACAUAAAUACAGGAAGCAGAAUUUGUUUCUAAUAUAUUUGAUUUCCUUUGUACCUAUUGUGAAUGUCCUGUACAUAUAAGUGUUAAUAAAUUAACAUUAAAAGUCCUUAAAUGUGAGCCUAAAUAAUAACAAAACCAUCUCAGACUUCCACUCAACAGAGUAACGAAGAGAAGAGCAGGGCAGGGAAUAAACCACAAUAAAUCAUCA